GACGUAUCAAUCAACAUGAUUCCCAUUGUUCUGGCCUCAGUGCUCAUCGCUAGCGCCCUCGGGUGCGGCACCCCUCCCAUUGAGCCUCUGACCACCCGUGUGGUCAAUGGAGUGGACGCCAAGCCCCACAGCUGGCCCUGGCAGAUCUCUCUGCAGUAUGAGAGGGAUGGGGAGUGGAGACACACCUGCGGAGGAUCUCUGAUUGCCACCAACUGGGUCAUGACCGCUGCUCACUGUAUCAAUCCCAGCCUGUCCUACAGAGUGUUCGUUGGAAAGCACAACCUGGUUGAGACUGAGGAAGGCUCUCAGGCCAUCAUCCCUGAGAAGCUUGUUGUCCAUGAGAAGUGGAACCCCAUCUUUGUGGCCUUUGGAAAUGACAUUGCCCUGAUCAAGCUGUCUGAGCAUGUGACCCUGACUGACCAGGUUCAGCUUGGCUGUAUCCCUGCUGCCAGCACUGUGCUGGACAACCAGUACCCCUGUUACAUCACUGGCUGGGGCAGGGUCUACACCGGAGGCCCCAUUGCUGAUAACCUGCAGCAGGCUCUGAUGCCCGUGGUGGAUCAUGCCACCUGCUCCAAGCCCGACUGGUGGGGCAUCGCUCUCAGGACCACCAUGGUGUGUGCCGGAGGAGAUGGCAUUGUCGCUGGCUGCAACGGUGACUCUGGUGGGCCCCUGAACUGCAAGAACCCAGAGGGAGUUUGGGAGGUCCAUGGUAUUGCCAGCUUUGUUUCUGGUCUGGGCUGCAACUACGUGAAGAAGCCCACCGUCUUCACCCGCGUCUCCAACUUCAACGACUGGAUCGACCAGGCUAUGAUGAGCAACUAAAGUGGAGCAGAAUGGGGAAUUGAGUACAAUAAAGAAGGACUCAGCAAAAUGGCUUUGUGAUGUAUUUUACGUUCAUUCUGUAACUUUAGGAAUCA